AUGCCUUCUUCGGACUCGGCAGUGCCGAGCCUGCAAGAAUGCAUCGCGCUGAUAACUUCUUCCAGGAGCCUGUCUCAAGCCAAGCAGAUCCACAGUCGGGUUUCUUCCAGCAGCCACCGAGGGACUUAUCUUUCGAAUCUUCUCAUUCAAAUGUAUGGGAGAUAUGGAAGUGUGGCCGAUGCUCGCUCAGUCUUCGAUGCUGUGGUCGCCAAGAACUCCUUCACUUGGAACUUGAUGCUGUCAGCAUAUGCCAAGAACGGGCAUUUGCUGAGGGCUAAAGAGGUUUACGACUCCAUGCCUGGGAAGGACUUGGUUUCAUGCAAUGGAAUGCUUGCUGCGUACUCGCAGGCCGGGAAACUGGGUGACGCUGUCGAGUUUUUCCGAACGAUGCAAGAGAAGGAUUUGGUGUCGUGGAACACCGUUCUUGCAGCUUUUACAAAGGCCAGAGAUUUGAGAGGAGCCAGGAAGAUUUUCAGCGACAUGCCGAGGAAGAAUCUAGUUUCGUGGAACACAAUGCUGGCCGCUAUAUCACAAAAUGAAGAGAUUGAGGUGUUGGAGAUGUUUUUUGAUGGAAUGGAAGAAAAAGACGUGGUUUCUCAUAAUACGAUGAUCAAUGCAUAUGGCAAAGCUGGGCAUAUUGAGAAAGCGAGAAAGAUAUUUGAUUACUUGCAAGAGAAAAAAUUGGUUUCCUGGAAUUCAAUGCUAUCAGUCUACUCGCAUCAUGGUCUACUUGACGAAGCAAGAAUUGUGUUUGAAGAAAUGCCUGAGCGAGACACAAUUUCUUGGAACUCUAUGCUAGCAGCAUAUAUUCAAAGCGGGAAUUUGCGAGAAGCGUUGUCCUUGUUAGAAAGGAUGCCAAGAAAAAAUUUGGUGUCAUACAACUUAAUUCUAAGCGCUUUAGCCGCUCAAGGUCUCUUUGACGAAGCAAAGGAAUUCUUUGCUACAAUUCCCAAUCCAAGCAUUAUCUCGUGGAAUACACUCCUUGCUGCAUAUACUCCAAUUGGACAUCUUGACGAGAUCAUCAAGCUUUACGACCAAAUUCCAAACAAGGAUAUAGUCUCAGGCACGGCACUCUUGAAUGCCUUUUCUGAAAAUGGGAAACUUGAGCAAGCAAAGAUGGUAUUUGAUGCAAUGGAGAAAUGGGACCUUGUGUCAAUGAAUGCAAUGCUAGCGGCAUUUUGUGACAAUGGGAGCUCGUUCAAUGCCAAGGAGAUGCUCAGUUGGAUGUGUGCUCGGAAUCUUAGCUCUUGGAACUGCGUUCUCCGAUCAUUUGCUCUUGGUGGGGAUCUUGACGAGACAAAGAGGUUAUUUGACAAAAUGCCCGAGUGGGACCAAAUGUCUUACAAUUUCAUGCUUGCGGCAUAUGUCUCAGGCGGGCAUCAGGAUCUUGCUAAAGUAAUGUACGAAACACUACUGCCUGAGAAAGAUUCCUUUUCACACGUAGCCAUGCUAAGUGCCUACACUGUACAGGGCAAGGUUGACGAUGCAAAGCUUUUGUUUGAUAGCAUGCCAUACAGGUCUCUUUUCAUUUGGAACUCUAUGCUUUCGGCAUAUGCCCAAAACGGUCAUCCGGACAAUGCAAAAAAUCAUUUUGAUACCAUGCCCGCGUGGGACAUUGUUUCUUGGACCUCUUUAUUAUAUUCCAGAAACUAUCAAGGAAAUGUGGAGGAAGCGAAGGAGUUGUUUGAGAGGAUGCCUGAGCGAGAUCUAAUUGCAUGGAAUGCUAUGUUGUCAGGACAUUCCCAACACAGGCAUUUAGAAGACUCAAAGUGCCUGUUUGAUUUGAUGCCUUCCCACAAUAUUGUCUCUUACAACACUCUGAUGGCAGCUUACUCUCAGCAUGGAUACAUCGAGGAUGCCCUCUUGGUCUUCCAGAAAAUGAGACACAGGAACUCUAUUUCGUGGAACACUCUACUUGUGUCAUAUGCUCAAAAUGGGCAUACGAAUACUGCAAAGGCGUUUUUCUCAACCUUGCCCGAGCAAAAUCUGGUUUCUUGGAAUGUAGUAAUUGGAAUGUAUGCUUUAAAUGGGCAAACCGCACAAUCCUUGGAGCUCUUUAGAAACUGUGUUGCUGAUGGUGUCAAGCUGGAUGAUGUAUCUUUUACCUCUGCAUUGAUUGCUUUGAGCCAUAGCGGUGAGGUUGACGAUUCCAUUUUUCUCUUUAAAUCGAUGAUAACAGACUACUUAGUAACGCCUGGCAAGCAACAAUAUGGUUGUAUCAUCUCCUUGUUUGCUCGUGGAGGAUAUGAUAGAUCCUGUAAAGAACUCAUUGAUACAAUGCCUUUCUUUCCUGAUACUCACGACUGGACGUGCCUGGCAAGUGCCAAUAGAAUCUACAAAUCUAUGGGGCAUCACAAUACACGAAAAACAAAUGCCAGUUAG